AUGCAGUAUCUGAGUCUGGGCAUCAAUGCAUUAUCAGGGGAGCUCCCACCGCAACUUGGGCAACUUACAGAGCUAUUGUCAUUGUCCUUUAGCACCAAUAACUUCAAUGGCUCUCUGCCAUCUGAGCUUGGAAAUCUGUCCAAAUUGCAGCAACUUUACAUGGAUAGUUCUGGAGUCAGUGGUGAGAUUCCAUCAACAUUUUCCAAGCUUAAAAAUCUUCAAACAGUGUGGGCAUCGGAUAACAACUUCACUGGCUAA